AUGGGAUCAGACAAGACUAGGCAGCAACAAGUCAUCAACCUUAGAAGGGAGUUUGAAAAUUUGAAGAUGAAGGAGUCAGAAACUAUCAAGCAAUAUUCUGAUAGGAUUAUGGCUACUGUCAAUAAUAUUAGACUCCUUGGAGAAGAUUUCAGUGACAGCAGGGUUGUUGAGAAGGUUAUUACCACCUUACCUGAAAGAGAAGAGCAAGUAGGCAGGAGGAGAGUCCUGAAGGUGCUUUUCAAGCAAAGGUCGGAGAAGGCUCCAGCUCAAGUCAGAAAGCUAAGAAGCCUUGGUUUGAAAAGAGGGAAAGAUCAAAGAAAGAUGCCGGUAGAAGGAGGUUUCCACCAUGCGUUCACUGCAAGAAGACUAAUCAUUUGGAGAAGUAUUCUUGGACUGGACUGGACAUACAAUUACAAAAGUCAUAAGUAUGGCCAUCAUGAGAAAAUCAGUAGAAGUCAUGAGAAGGCACAAGCACAGCCAGUGCAAGCCAAGUCUGCCGUGGAUGUCCAAGCUCAGGAAGAGCAUGUAUUUACAGCUUCAUGUUUUGCAGCUAACAGCAAGAGCAGUUGGCUUGUGGAUAGUGGCUGCUCACACCACAUGGCUGCAGAUGAGAGCCUUUUCAAGAACAUUGACAGGAGCUAUGUCUCGAAGGUCAGGAUAGGCAAUGGCAACUUGAUUGAAGCAAAAGGCAGAGGUGAUGUGGUGAUUCACACUGGUUCAGGUAACAAAAUUAUUUCUGAUGUGCUCUAUGUGCCAGAAAUAGACCAAAAUUUACUCAGUGUAGGCCAGCUAGUCAAGAAAGGCUUUUCACUAGUUUUCAAGAAUGAUUCUUGUGUUAUAAGUGAUGCUCAUGGUAGGGAGAUUGUCUCAGCACCUAUAGGAGACAAAUGUUUUAUGCUUUGGAUGUGA